GCCCAGCGUCUGGCGCGGCGUCCUGAAACAGCCUGGAGAAGUGAAGCAGCCGCCGGGAAGCGGGACGCGCCAGUCCGCUGCCGACACCCUGGCAACAUGAGUGCGCUCGGGCCGGCCCUCCGCAUCCUGCUGCUGGUGCUGCUGCUCUGUCCGGCUCAGGUGUUUUCACAGUCCUGUGUUUGGUAUGGAGAAUGUGGGAUUGCAUCUGGGGAUAAAAGGUACAAUUGCAAAUAUUCUGGCCCACCAAAACCAUUGCCGAAGGAUGGGUAUGACUUAGUGCAGGAACUCUGUCCGGGAUUCUUCUUUGACAAUGUCAGUCUCUGUUGUGACGUUCAGCAGCUUCGGACACUGAAAGACAGCCUGCAGCUGCCUCUCCAGUUUCUAUCCAGAUGUCCAUCCUGUUUUUAUAACCUACUGAACCUGUUUUGUGAGCUGACUUGUAGCCCUCGACAGAGUCAGUUUCUGAAUGUUACAGCAACUGAAGAUUAUGUUGAUCCUGUUACAAACCAGACGAGAACAAAUGUGAAAGAGUUACAGUACUAUAUUGAACAGAAUUUUGCCAAUGCAAUGUACAAUGCCUGCCGGGACGUGGAAGCCCCCUCAAGUAACGUAAAGGCCCUGGGACUCCUGUGUGGGAAGGAUGCAGCUGCCUGCAAUGCCACCAAUUGGAUUGAAUACAUGUUCAAUAAGGACAAUGGACAGGCACCAUUCACCAUCACCCCCAUUUUUUCAGAUCUUCCAGUCCAUGGAAUGGAGCCCAUGAAUAAUACCACCAAAGGCUGUAAUGAGUCUGUAGACGAGGUCACAGGGCCAUGCAGCUGUCAGGACUGCUCCGCUGCCUGUGGCCCCAGGCCGCAGCCCCCGCCCCCUCCCGUGCCUUGGAGGCUUUUCGGCUUGGACGCCCUGUGUGUCAUCAUGUGGAUCACCUACAUGGCAUUUCUGCUUGUGUUUUUUGGAGCAUUUUUUGCAGUGUGGUGUUACAGAAAACGUUAUUUUGUCUCGGAGUACACUCCCAUUGAUAGCAGCAUAGCCUUUUCUGUUAAUGGCAGUGACAAAGGAAUAUCACGGCUCUUAACCUCCACCCUCCCUUCCUCUCCCGCCCUUCCAGGGGAGGCGUCCUGCUGCGACCCAGUGGGUGCAGCAUUUGAGGGCUGUCUGAGGCACCUGUUCACCCAUUGGGGGUCUUUCUGCGUCCGAAACCCCGGCUGUGUCAUUUUCUUCUCUCUGGUCUUCAUCACUGCGUGUUCUUCAGGCCUGGUGUUUAUCCAGGUCACGACUAAUCCAGUUGACCUCUGGUCAGCCCCUGGCAGCCAGGCUCGCCUGGAGAAAGAGUACUUUGACCAGCACUUUGGGCCUUUCUUCAGGACAGAGCAGCUCAUCAUCUGGGCCCCUCUCACCAACACACACACUUAUGAGCCCUACCCCUCAGGAGCCGACGUGCCAUUUGGACCUCCGCUUAACAUAGAGAUUUUGCACCAGGUUCUUGACUUACAAACAGCUAUCGAAAACAUUACUGCGUCUUAUAACAACGAAACUGUAACACUUCAGGACAUCUGUGUGGCCCCUCUCUCACCAUAUAACAAGAACUGUACCAUUCUGAGUGUGUUAAAUUACUUCCAGAAUAGCCAUUCUGUGCUGGACCACAAAAUUGGGGACGACUUCUUUGUGUAUGCUGAUUACCACACACACUUUCUGUACUGUGUACGGGCUCCUGCCUCUUUGAAUGAUACAAGUUUGCUCCAUGAUCCUUGUCUGGGUACUUUUGGUGGACCAGUGUUCCCGUGGCUUGUGUUAGGAGGCUAUGAUGAUCAAAACUACAACAAUGCCACAGCCCUUGUGAUUACCUUCCCUGUCAAUAACUACUAUAACGAUACAGAGAAGCUCCAGAGGGCCCAGGCCUGGGAAAAAGAGUUUAUUGAUUUUGUGAAAAACUAUAAGAAUCCAAAUUUGACCAUUUCUUUCUCUGCUGAACGAAGUAUUGAAGAUGAAAUAAAUCGUGAAAGUAACAGUGAUCUCUUCACCAUUGUAAUUAGUUAUGCCGUAAUGUUUCUAUAUAUUUCCCUCGCCUUGGGACAUAUCAAAAGCUGUCACAGGCUUCUGGUGGAUUCAAAGGUCUCCCUAGGCAUUGCGGGGAUCCUGAUCGUGUUGAGCUCGGUGACAUGCUCGUUGGGCAUCUUCAGCUACAUUGGGAUCCCCCUGACCCUCAUUGUGAUUGAAGUCAUCCCGUUUCUGGUGCUGGCUGUUGGGGUGGACAACAUCUUCAUUCUGGUGCAGACCUAUCAGAGAGAUGAACGUCUUCAAGGGGAAACCCUGGAUCAGCAGCUAGGCAGGGUCCUAGGAGAAGUGGCUCCCAGUAUGUUCCUGUCAUCCUUUUCUGAGACUGUAGCAUUUUUCUUAGGAGCACUGUCCGUGAUGCCAGCUGUGCACACUUUCUCUCUGUUCGCUGGCCUGGCUGUCUUCAUUGACUUCCUCCUGCAGAUUACCUGUUUUGUGAGUUUCCUGGGAUUAGACAUUAAACGUCAAGAGAAUAAUCGGCUAGAUAUCCUUUGCUGCAUCAGAGGCGCUGAUGAUGGAACAAGUGUGCAGGCCUCAGAGAGCUGGUUGUUUCGCUUCUUCAAAAACUCCUAUUCUUCACUUCUGCUAAAGGACUGGAUGCGACCAAUUGUGAUAGCAGUAUUUGUGGGUGUUUUGUCAUUCAGUGUCGCAGUCCUGAACAAAGUGGAAAUUGGAUUGGAUCAAUAUCUGUCAAUGCCAGACGACUCGUAUGUGGUAGAUUACUUCAAAUCCAUCAGUCAGUACCUGCACGCAGGGCCGCCAGUGUACUUUGUCCUGGAGGAAGGGCACGACUACACUUCUCUGCAGGGGCAGAACAUGGUGUGCGGUGGCAUGGGCUGCAACAACAACUCCCUGGUGCAGCAGCUAUUUAACGCGGCUCAGCUGGACAGCUAUACUCGAAUAGGCUUUGCUCCCUCGUCCUGGAUCGACGAUUAUUUUGACUGGGUGAAGCCUCAGUCGUCUUGCUGUAGGGUCUACAAUACCACAGAGCAGUUCUGCAAUGCGUCAGUGGUUGACCCUGCCUGCGUCCGCUGCAGGCCUCUAACUCCAGAGGGCAAACAGAGGCCUCUGGGUGAAGACUUCAUGAGAUUCCUGCCCAUGUUCCUUGCUGAUAACCCCAACCCCAAGUGUGGCAAAGGGGGACACGCUGCUUACAGUUCAGCAGUUAACAUCCUUGGCAAUGACACUGGGGUUGGAGCCACAUACUUCAUGACCUACCACACCGUGCUUCAGACCUCUGCCGACUUUAUUGACGCAAUGAAAAAAGCCCGACUUAUAGCCAGUAACAUCACCGAAACCAUGGGCAUCAACGGCAGUAGUUACCGGGUGUUCCCGUACAGCGUGUUUUAUGUCUUCUACGAACAGUACCUGACGAUUAUUGAUGACACGAUCUUCAACCUCGGCGUGUCCCUGGGAGCAGUAUUUCUGGUGGCUGUGGUUCUCCUAGGCUGCGAGCUGUGGUCUGCGGUCCUCAUGUGUGCCACCAUUGCCAUGGUCUUGGUCAACAUGUUUGGAGUUAUGUGGCUCUGGGGCAUCAGUCUGAACGCGGUGUCCUUGGUCAACCUGGUGAUGAGCUGUGGCAUCUCCGUGGAGUUCUGCAGCCACAUCACCAGAGCGUUCACAGUGAGCACGAAAGGAAGCCGUGUGGCCCGCGCAGAAGAGGCACUCGCCCACAUGGGCAGCUCUGUCUUCAGUGGAAUCACACUUACAAAGUUUGGAGGGAUUGUGGUGUUGGCCUUUGCCAAAUCUCAAAUUUUCCAGAUAUUUUACUUCAGGAUGUAUUUAGCUAUGGUGUUACUGGGAGCCACCCACGGAUUAGUGUUUCUUCCUGUCUUGCUCAGUUACAUAGGACCAUCAAUAAAUAAAGCCAAAAGUUGUGCCACUGAGGAUCGAUACAAAGGUACGGAGCGAGAGCGGCUCCUGAAUUUUUAGCCGCUCACAGGGUUUGGUGACUGAGUGUGUCUAAGGGUCAGUUGGGCGCUGG